UUGGGCCAGGCUCAGAGGAGGAGGCUGGAGCUGGGAACAGGGGGGCUGUUUAUGCUGCUGGAACGGACUUUCAUCCUUUCCUUUGCCACCAGGGUACUGGCUGGUUUCUGGAGCAGUGUCUUCAUUCUUGUCCUGCUCUUGACCCUGGCUCUUGGCCGCAGAGGUGGUGGCCACAUCUAGGUCCACCAGCUGAUGGCCAUACCUUGCCUUCAGUGCCACUCCCCUCUGUCCUUGGAACUGGGACCUGACUGUGCCUGAGCCCCCUGGAUCACACUCAGGAGCUUGGGCUGACGGCCCCUCAUCUCAGGAGGUCUUAGCAGGAAGGCAGAUGGGUCCCAGCUAAGGGAAGCUCUGGCCUGCAGAAAGAAGCCCUGGGGGCUGGAGGGGUUGGUGGGCACCUGAGCUGACCUGGAUACCCACCUUUCUCCUAAGCCAUCUCCCCACCAGGGGCAACUUUCAUGGAGAAACGCCCCUGUCAGUAGGCCGCAUUCAUGGCAUGUGGCCAAGCUGCUGGAGGGAUGCCCUGAAGCGGCCACCACCAUGCAUUUCCCCUCUGAAGCCUUCAGCUUGUCUUGGCAUUCCGGCUGCAACACAGGUGACGUGUGUGUGCAGUGGUGCCCACUCUCCCGGCACUGUAGCACUGAGAAAAGCAGCUCCAUUGGCAGCAUGGAGAGCCUGGAACAACCAGGCCAAGCUACCUAUGAGGGGCACCUUUUGCCCAUUGAUCAGAACAUGUACCCCAACCAGCGUGACUCAGCCUAUAGUUCCUUCUCAGCCAGCUCAAAUGCCUCUGACUGUGCCCUUUCCCUCAGGCCAGAGGAGCCAGGCUCUGCAGACUGCGUCAUGCAAGGCUCGGGGCCAGCUAAAGCCCCUAAUGGCCGGCCCAGUGUAGCUGAGACCUCAGGAGGUAGCCGGCGCCCCAAUGGGAGCCACCCAACUCUCAGCUCCCAGAUGUCAUCCUGCCCAGAGGAGGACCACCACUCAGAGCCUGCCAAAGCUGCCAGAGGCCCACCACAGCCUCCAGUGAGGCGAGAUAGCCUGCAAGCCUCCAGAGCCCAACUCCUCAAUGGAGAGCAGCGCAGGGCUUCUGAGCCUGUGGACUCCUUGCAGCAGGAGAAAGUGAGCUUAGACACUGUGCUAUCCCCAAGGAACCCUAACAGGUUCUGCUGCCUCAGUGGGCAAGACCAAGUGACAAAUGAGGGCCAUCAGAACUGUGAGCUCAGCCAAGCUCCUGAAUCCAGCCAGCAGGACUCUGAGCAUCUAAUAAUGGAGGCCUCAGCCAAAGCUGCUGGAUUCCCAAAAGCGUGUGACAAAGCUUCCAGCAUAGAUUACAGCCCACUCAACAAGGCUUCAGCAGAGCUAGCUAAGGCUUCCUUUGGUGGCCCCCCACACCUCACAGGACCCACAGGGCAUCGCCAUAGUGCCCCAGAACAGCUGCUGGCAUCCCAUUUACAGUAUGGACACCUUGAUACCAGGGGCAGCAAGGGAACAGAGCUCCCAGCUGGGCACGAUGGCCAUGAGUGGACUCUGUCAACCCUGCAUAGCAGCCAUACAGGAAAGAAAAGUCCAUGUCCCCCUACAGGAGGAACCCAGGACCAACACAGUAAAGAAAGAAAGGCCAGGCAAGUGGAUGAUAGGCCUUUGUGUUCGGGGCACCAGAGCCCAAGCAGUUCCCCACUUGGAGAAGCUGAUGGACACCCUCCAGAAAAAGGUUUCCAGGACCCAAACAGAGCAAGUGGAGCAGGCAGUGAAUCAGCCAGCCAGCAGCCCUCUGCCUCUGGCUCCCUCAUCCAACAAACCAGGGAUUGUUCUUCAACCACUAAAGUAGCUGACAGCACAGAGGCUACCGAAGAAGGGGACAGUGAACCCAAGGAAUGUGGCUGGGUGGGUGGUAGGCGGCACAGAGGUCCUCGGGGCCGCUCAAUCCAAAACCGGCGCAAGAGUGAGCGUUUUGCUACCAAUCUGCGUAAUGAAAUUCAGAGGAGGAAGGCCCAGCUCCAGAAAAGCAAGAAUUCCCUAUCACAGCUGUGUGACACUCAGGAGCCUGUGGAAGAGACUGAGGAGCCCCUAGAAAGUCCUCCACCUCCCACCUCUAACUCAUCUCUUCUAUCUUCAUAUAAAAAACCACCUAGCCCCAGAGACAAGCUCUUCACCAAGAGUAUGAUACUCAGGGCUAGGUCUUCAGAGUGUCUUAGCCAAGCCCCAGAGAGCCAUGAAUCUAGGACAGGCUUGGAGGGACAAAUAAGCCCUGGUCAAAGGCCUGGCCAGCCUUCUUUGGGCCUGAACACCUGGUGGAAAGUGUCUGACUCAUCCCCCUCUGACUCUGAGAAAACCAAUGUUCACCGUGGAGUCCGUGGAGGCCAUUGGAGAUGGUCUCCAGAGCACAACCUGCAGCCACACGUGGCACUAGCCAUGGAAAGCCCUUCUAACCUGGGUGAUAGCAAAGAAUUGAAGGCUUCUACUGCCCCAGCUGGGGAGGAAGCCAUCCUCCUGCCCUUCGCAGACAGAAGAAAGCUCUUUGAAGAGGGUAGCAAAUCCUUAUCUACAUCGCAUUUGCCAGGUUUAACCACUCAUAGCAGUAAAACUUUUACCCAGAGACCAAAACCUGUAGACCCAAACUUCCAGCCACUGAGCUCCAGCUAUCGGGAAUUAAGGCACCAUCUGAUGGACCAAUCGUAUCAUGCCACAGACCAAUCAUAUCAUUCUGUGUCACUUCUGCAGUCAGAAACUCCGCCCUACUCAGAAUGUUUUGCAAGCAAAGGUCUAGAACAGUCCAUGUGCUGCAAGCCACUGCACUGUGGUGAUUUUGAUUACCACAGGACCUGCUCUUACUCCUGCAGCGUCCAGGGCGCCAUAGUCCAUGACCCUUGCAUGUAUUGUUCUGGGGAGAUCUGUCCCGCUUUGCGAAAGAGAAACAUGAUGCCCAACUGCUACAACUGUUGGUGCCACCACCACCAAUGUUUCCGGUGCUCAGCCUGCUAUCACAAUCCCCAGCACAAUAGCCCCGAGGAUGGCAGCUUGGCACCUGGCAACACUUGGAAACCCAGGAAGCCAACAGUGCAGGAAUUUCCUGGGGACAAAUGGAAACCAAUAACAGGAAACAGGAAGACCAGCCAGUCAGGGAGGGAAAUGGCUCAUCCCAAGGCUAGCCUUUCAUGGGCAACCCCGUUCCACCCUUGCCUUGAGAACCCACCACUGGACUUGUCAAGCUACCGAGCGAUCUCUUCCCUUGACCUCCUUGGAGACUUCAAGCACUCCUCGAAAAAAACAGACGAAACUUCUCUUUAUGAGGAGGGGCGCUCCAUGGCCUCUGUGCCUUACCCACUACGUAGCCGGGCCUUCUCAGAGAGCCAUAUCAACUUGGAGCCCCAGAGCUCCCGGGCCUGGGGGCAGCACAGGAGGGAGCUCUUCACCAAAGUUGAUGAGACCCAGCCUGAUCCUCUGGGAGCCAGGAAGAAGGCAUUUCCUCCUCCUCGCCCUCCUCCUCCCAACUGGGAGAAGUACAGGCUCUUUCGUGCAGUCCAGCAGCAGCAACAACAGCAGCAGCAGCAGCAGCAGCAGCAAGAGGAAGAGGCAGAGGACGAAGAAGAUGAAGAACAGGAAGAAAGGGGGGAGAAGGGGGGGGAGGAGGAGGAGCUGCCACCCCAGUAUUUCAGUUCAGAAACCACUGGUAUGAGUGCCCUCCAUCCCGAAGAGGUCCUGGAGCAGCCACAACCCUUGGGCUUUGGUCAUUUGGAGGCUCCAAGGCAGGGCCUGCCAAGCUUUCCGGCAGAGCAAGAGUCCUUUGAUCUCCAUCCUGGCAAUUUCCUGCCUCCAAUAAGGAGCCACUUGGGAUCUCCACCAGAGAAGGCUCAGCACCCUGGCUAUUAUGGUACUGGUGGGCUUUGGAGGACAUCCGAGAAGGAGACCACUGACUCCCCCAAACCAGAAGCCUUGAUUGCAGAAGAGUCCAAACCCAAGGCGGCAUGGAGCCAGAGCUACUUCUUUCCUGAGGAGCAGUUCUCCUGUAUGGGCUGGGGCUCUGAGAAGCAGCAUCUCAGCCCUGCAGGCUUCAGUGAACCCAAGACAACAGGACAAGAAUUUCAGCACUUCUCACCUCCUCUGGGGGCCCCAGGAAUCCCUACCUCUUACUCAGCUUAUUACAAUAUUUCUGUGGCCAAAGCAGAAUUGUUGAACAAGUUGAAAGACCAGCCUGAGAUGGCAGAGAUUGGCCUGGGAGAAGAAGAAGUUGACCCUGAACUGGCUCAAAAAAAGAUACAGCUUAUUGAAAGCAUUGGCAGAAAACUCUCUGUCCUGAGGGAGGCCCAGCGAGGACUGCUAGAGGACAUCAGUGCCAACUCUGCCCUUGGAGAGGAGGUGGAAGCCAACCUAAAAGCGAUCUGUAAAUCCAAUGAGUUUGAAAAAUAUCGUUUGUUUAUUGGGGACCUGGACAAAGUGGUCAACCUGUUGCUGUCGCUCUCUGGACGACUGGCCCGGGUGGAGAAUGCUCUCAACAGCAUUGAUGCAGAGGCCAACCAGGAGAAGUUGGUGCUGAUAGAGAAGAAGCAGCAGCUGACAGGGCAGUUGCAAGAUGCCAAGGAGCUGAAGGAGCAUGUGGACCGUCGGGAGAAGUUGGUGUUCGGCAUGGUCUCCCGCUACCUGCCUCAGGACCAGCUCCAAGAUUACCAGCACUUUGUGAAGAUGAAAUCUGCUCUCAUCAUCGAACAGCGAGAGCUGGAAGAGAAGAUCAAGCUUGGGGAAGAGCAGCUCAAAUGUCUCAGGGAGAGCCUACUCCUGGGGCCCAGCAAUUUCUAAUUCUACAAGUGGACUGACACGCCAUCCUUGCCCAGCCACAAUGGGAAGUGCUUUCAAUCUUCUUUUUGCAGUUUGUUAGCAAGUAGAUAGCAGUUAGUUAGCAGUAUGUUCCAUAACCUCUACCUUGGACAUCUCUCACUGCCCCUUACCUAGCAUUGCUCCCAACUGGCUAGGAGGCCCUAGGGAUUCCCCAGACUUCUACCCUACAGAGUAGAAGCAAGAAGUUGGAGCUGCCAGCAGCAAAGUGUGAUUAUACAACCACACUCUCCUUCCCACAGUUUGCACAGGCAAGCACUCACUGCACACAGAACCUACCAUGUGCCUUCAUUCUUGGUACAGGGACUCCAAAGACAUCAUGCACUCACUACCCACCCACAUCACAAUCAGCCUGUCCAGGCUCAGAGAGAAGCUGCCUGUGCAGCUCCAUUCUGCCCAAGGCUUGUGGCCUGGCCAUUUCCCACAGAGACCUGGCUCUCUUGAGGGCUUAGCUUACCAGCAAUUUAAGGGCCUCACAAUAAGCUUUACAGUGGGAAGCACAGAAGGAGAAAUUACACCAAACAAAAUGUGAAGAAAGAUUGGGAAUCCCGAGGUGCCCUGCAGGAGCUGAGUUUAAACAAAUUGGCUCCACUCCUGCCUUCCCCAGCAUCUGGUUGAGGGGGAAGGAGCCCUACUCUCAGCCCUGGCUGGUGUGGCCCUCCUCCUGUCCAAAGAUUUUUGGCCUACUGUUUCUGUUCCAUCCUGCCUAUCAUUGCUGGGGAUUACAAGUGCCCGCUCUAAGGACUCCACACUAUGGGCCAUUAAUAAUAGAUCUACUAAAGCUGACUUCUGGAUACAGAUUUCCUAAUUGAGGUGAGGGGUUCUUUGUUGUAUUUUAAAUGGCCUUUUGAUUUUAUUUAUUUUUAUGUUUUGAUUUUUUCCCUUUUUUUAAACUAAUAAGGCGAGAAGAGGGGAGUUGGAGAGGGAAAAAUAAUCCCAGAAGGAAAGCAUUUUCUGCAGAUCAGCCUGAAUUCACUAUGGCUAGAUGAGCGAGUGCCAAAACCCUGAAUUCUUCCCACUAAAGCUUUCAGGUGUCUAAGAAAGGAGUUCUAGUCUUGAACUCAGCUGACAAUGGCCAGGCCCUAUACUUUUCUUGAUGUCAGGGUAACCAUAAGCUUAGCAUUCCCUGACGAGUUCAGUUUUAUUUUCUUAUUUUUUCUUGAAACCAAAGAAAUCUAAAACUGACAAAGGUUCGCCCAUUUCUCUAUGAUCUCCCAUCUAAGGAAUUGGGUAGAAGUGAGCUCAGGAGGAGAUCUUCCAUCUCACAGUUGCUUUCUCCAGCGUGUGGCCUGAGGGAGCUGAAACUCAUGGUAUCUGGAAGUUUCAGCCAGGGCCACCCCCCCACCCCCAGCCCCUGCCACCACCCAGAGCAAAUUACAACCCAGCCAGAAUUUUAGGCACACAAACAACUAAUGCUGCUGCUGUUGCCAAGGCCCUGACACCACUAGCCAUUUGCUGUCCUGGAAAAUCCCUCGUGUAGGCAAUGGCAGGAAAGGAGUCAUGGACAAACUCUGGCCUAUUAUCCAGCUCAGUUCCCUGUUGUUCCUCACUCACUGGUGCCCAUGGUUCAUAUUGCAAAGCCUUGCUCAGCAAGCCCUGGCAUCGCUUCUAGUUACUCCUGGGUUCUUUGAGGGGUCCUUGGAGGUUAACUGUAGCAGCAGGGGUGCCUCAUUCAACCAAAGAAUUUACCAAAGAACUUUGCUGCUGCUACAAAUACUGAUCUCUAGCGUCCUCCUUUUCCUCUUCAUUGUAUUUAGAAACAAUGGAAGAAUCUUGGCCAACAGGGUGUCCUGAAGGGGGCCCUGGGUAUGCUCUUAGUACACUGCUGCUGUUGGAACCACUGUUAAAAUGUCAACCUGCCAUUCUGCCCUCAAAUGGAGGAGUCUAUUCAGGAAGGCCGAUGUCUUGUAAAGGCCUGGGCUUACCCAAGCCAAAGUUGAUGAAGGUGAGAGAGUGUUAUGAAUAGAAGCUGCAGUUGCCAUCUUCUUUUUUUCUUAAACGGGCUCUAAGAUAAACAAUGAGUAAGUUGAGAUGUCCUAUAUAGCUGAGGCCAAAUAUAAUCCAUCAUUCUCGUCAUUCUAAGAUUUGGGGGGCUAAGGCAGCUUUUUGGGCUGGGGAAAGGCCCAGGGAAAAGAGUGGUCACUUCACCUGGACAGGAUAACUAUGGUCUGAGUUGUUCUAGUCAGCAUUAGAUUGGUACAUGAAAUUUAUCACACUAAAAGUACUAUUGACUGUGUUAUUUUUGUCUCUCAUCCCACCUGAGAUUAGAGUUGGGAUCAGAGCACAAGAAUGCUCAUUUUCACACAGAAGGACAGUUUCUAAAGCACUUAAUAAAAUAACCCCAAAACUAUACUGAGAAGUGAAGCUUGGCAGAGAAAGGUGAGCUACCAAACAGGAACUAAUGCCCCAUGCUACUGACAUGAGUGAUAUUGGUCCAGAGCUGCCAGGAUUACUCAAGAUGCAGCAUCUCUCCCCUGUUCUCAUUUCCUGGGCUCAGCCCUCUUCCAAGACCAGCCAGUGUGUACAGUUUGGAAGGGAGGCCAAGGGGAUUCCCCAGAUGGUUACUGGUCUUGACCUCUGCCUUCUAUUUCAAAUCCUCAUACAGGCCCUGGUGGGGAACAGGUUGAUAUAGAGAGAGUAGUCUGUGCAAGAGCUACUAUCACUUGUCCUUUCCUACUCCCCCACCCCAAUCCUGAGGGUCUGGGUAAAUUGUGUCUCCUUGAGUCCCAUAAGCUGCAGACUCAGCCAGAGUAGACUGGUAAAUGCUCAAGGGGGUACCCAAGAGAGACAGACACACUAAAACUAAACCCUAGAAAUGGAGAGACUGGAAGCUGAGGAACCAAGAGGAUGAAAGAUGAAAAUCCUUUCCUGAGGCCAGGUUCAGGUUCUGGUUCUGUUCUCCACUUAACCUCCUAUGUUAAAAAGCUGCCCUGGGGGCAUCAGAGCCACACCCCUAACCCCAGUCUCCCUGAAGAUGCUGCUCUGCCAGUAGCAGCAAGUCCCAGGUGGAGGAAGCUAGGCACAUUUAUGGCCACUUCUUCCUGUCUGGAGCUUGGUGACUCCCACUGUCUUUGCCAAAUGAUUUGUCUAUGCCAAUACUAUUUCUGUAACAGUGUAUUAUAUUCUUUGAAGAUUAGUAGGCCUUUGGGGGGUGGGGCAGGGGGCAAUUUCUAUAGAUAAAGGACCAGUGUUUGUUGUAUGACUGUCGGGGGUCAUCUAUGCCAUGUGAAGCUAAUCUUUUUCUGAAUCUUAUUGUUUCUGCAAUUGUGUCCUCCACCACUCCCUUCUUGGCUGACAUUGAUAUGCCUGCCGGAUUGUCAUCAAGGGUUAUACUUCAAUAAAAGGUGCUAAGGACAAA